AUGGAUAGUUUCAACAUUCUCCCAAAAGAGAUUAUAUGGGAUAUUCUCAUUCGUUUACCCGUUGAAUUAGUUCUAAAUUGUAAGUUAGUUUCCAAAACAUGGAGAAAUCAUCUUCAGGAUCGAUGGUUUCUUAACAUGCACGCAAGUCAUCAUCUCCAUCAUAAUGCUGAUUCUGGUUUUGUAUUUGUAACCCUAGGACAAAGAGAGUAUAUUGUUCUUCCUGAGCGUGCGGGAGUGUCUGGUUGGUAUUAUAACUGGGUUGGAUUUGGUUACCUUCCUUCAGCCGAUCAGUACAAAGUCGUAGUAGUGAAUGAGCUAAAGAAAGAACCCAAAUAUAUAGAGAUCAUGGUGUAUACUCUGGGCAGUGGCUAUGGUUGGCGCAACAUUGGAAAAUUCAAUCGGAUAUUUAACUAUGUUAGUCCAGAACAUGGUAUCUUUGAGAACGGAGCUCUUCAUUGGAAGGACGGAGAUAUAAUUUGGGUUUUCGAUUAG